UGUUGGACCUAUGGACAUUGUUUGGGAUAGAUCUGGAUUUACAGCCAUGAGACUCGAGGACCGCGCCAGAUAUGCUGCGGUAGUGAAGAAACUGCUGGCCCCAGACUUCUCAUACGGCAUGUGGACGGUCGUUUACGAUUCGCACGGUGCUGCUAACAUAAGGCCUCGAAGCGCCGGAGAGUCUGUCCUCAAGGAAUAUUUCGGAGAUACGGUUGCGAAGAUUGCGCUGGUGGAUAGUCACGUUGAACAAACGGCACACUACGCACCGGGUACCGGACCAUAUACUUUCUGUCUUUGGCACAUGACCCCACGAACGCCGUGAAACAGGAGAGUUCUUGACGAACCAUCUGUUUCAACCCAGUUGCGGUGCACGUACAAUAGCGUGUUUUCUGAUAUAUUGUCUGUAUUCUUUGUACACUAAGCGAUGCAAAAUUUGGCCGUGAAAUAAAUUUUUUUUUUGUGCUCAAAACGCAGCCGAGGUUCGAUCCUGCAACUGGCUUAGCAGCGCAACACCAAAGCCAGUACGCCACCACGGAAGGUUCUCAAAUAAUGUAAAUAAGCCUUUUGUUGUCAAAGUGACUACAGGCAGUUUUUUUAUAUUUCCUCUUGCACAAAAAUUCUAA